UUUUAUUUUUAUUUAUUUUUUUAUUUUGUAUGUAAAGAUAUGAUUUCAACAAUCGGCACAACAACAAUUCAAGCCGCGAACGGCGGGACUCUGUCCACAACAACUUCACCAAACUCGUUAGUCAUGAAUCCAACAUCUAUGUUAGUAGAGAUGAAAAGCUUCAUUCCUUCUUCAUAUACUUUCGAAACAAAAAUCCAGAAGAUAAAGCAAGAACUUUUAACAAGUAAUUUAGACUGUAGUGCGAAAGAUGAAACAAAUGAACAGUAUCUUUAUGAAAUGCAGGACAUUAUUGACCAUUUACCUAAACUACCUGAAAUUCAGCAUCAAAAACUAACUAUUCCUGAAUUCGAUGAAAUAGAAGUGAAACCAACUGACUCAGUAGAAAUAAAGAAGUUCAUUCGAAAGGUAAACUAUGAGUUUCUAGGAUUUCAUUGCAACCAUAAGGUUAUGGACAAAGAUUGCGACAUGGUAUAUAAGAAUGUUUCUGACAUAUAUAAAUCCGGGGAGUU